UAUCCACAGGACUUUGAGUUUGAACAUACGUAAACAGAGUGAGUUGUAAAGUACUCUGUCUUGACUUCAAACCUGUAAGACAUUUUGCAUGAAGAAGCGGUUGAGAACCCUGAAGAUACAUUGUGUAAAAACAAACGUUUAUACGUUGAAAAGGCUUGUAUUUUCUUGUUUAAAAAUCGAACGCUACAGCACGAAUCGUGUUAAAUGAACAGUGCUUCCGCCUUUCUGCAACAGACGUCACAGUUGGAUUGCUGUGGAGGACUAAAUAACGUGGAUUAUAAUAAGAUAGACACUUCAGUGAUGGCAGAUGUGUUUCACUACAUUGAUUUGACAGAUGCGCAUUUUUGCGCAGCUGUUCUUGUAAUUAUUUUCAACCCCAUUUUCUGGAAUGUUGUGGCACGUUGGGAGCAUAAAACUAGGGGUCUGACCAACUUCUUUGGGUCAGCACACACUGCCUGUUACUCCCUGGGAUUCCUCAUCAUCCUUCUCAAUGUCUAUCUCAGCCACAGCUUUACUGAAGCAAUGAGGAAACAGCCUAAACUGGAGCUCCUGGAAAGUGCAGAGGCAUUUUAUAGCGGCUUGGCACUCCUGGGUAUUGGGUAUUUAUUUGUAUUCAGCAGCUUUUAUGCCCUCGGAUUCACUGGAACUAUUUUUGGUGAUCAUUUUGGGAUCUUGAAGAAGGAAAAGGUGACUGGUUUUCCCUUCAAUAUAAUGGACAACCCGAUGUACUGGGGAAGCACUGCAGUUUAUCUUGGGAUUACUGUAAUCAGGAAUGCCAGCCCUGUUGGAAUGGUGCUUACGGCUCUGGUUGCUGUCACAUACAAGAUCGCUAUCGGUUUUGAAGGACCUUUCACUGAGGAAAUAUAUCGACAGAAAACCAAAUCUGUGAAGAACAAAUAAGUGCAUCUGUGUUUGUUCAGGGAUUUGCUGCUCACAUUUCAACAAGCAAAGGACCCAGUAGGGAUAGACUACUGUAUGUGGAGCAGCUUCCUAAAGAACGCUAUCUGUAUUGUGGGUCUUUGCUGUUACAGUACAGUAUUAUACAAUGUACAUCUGUAUUCCCUCACUAAAAGACUAUGGAAGUAUGUGUUGUCAUAUUCAUGUAUUCUUGUACUAUGCAUUGUAGCUCAGUGGCACAGCUGCUUGAAUUUGUGGGGAUUGCUAAGAAAAGCAGCGAUCAUCACAAACCCAAGCAGCUGUUUCUUUACCUUUGAUGGAAAACUGUGUCCCAUCAAAAUGUCCCAACAAAGUGCCUUGUUUUCCAAGUGUCCCAACAUUUUUCUCAAAAUCUUUCCUGGUUUUAAGCCACUACUUUUUGUCAAAAUAACGUAAACAACCGCUUCCUAUAUAAUCAGGAACAUUAUUUUUAUAAAGUGAUUAACACAGACAGACAGACGUGCUUAUUCCUCAGUGUGCCAUGUGUUUUCAUUUAGACCCUGUCACACCACUGGGCUGGCCAGUAGAAUAACAUUAACCCUAAUAAUCACAAUAACAGGCAUUGAAAUAUUAAUGAGGGUCUCCCCCUCACAUGGUGCAUCAACGAUCUUAAUAUUUGUGGCUGAGAACAGUAUUUUUUUAUGUGUGUGUAAAAGCAAGCAGCUAAAGAAAUGAUCAGCAUUUUAAUAUAAACACGCACACUUCUGUAGCUAUGUAUAGCUUUGCAUGCAAAAUAAACAAUGGUGGCUGAAUAUGCCAAGUCACCAGCAUUAUUGAUCAUUAUUGAGAUCCACAAUCCUGCAGUUUUUAUAUUUAUCGCUUAGUUACUAAAUAACAGGAAGAAAAGCUAAUUGUAACAAAUAAAGCAUAAUUAUGAUUGCA